AUGGAAAGGGAGGCAAUGGAGAGUGUCCUUGAUCUUUACAGGCAGGAACUAGAUAUGAGAGACCUUGCUGGGAGCCACCUUGAAGUGGAAAUUUCUGAUGUGCAGGAUUUUAUUAAGAUUCUUGAUGAUAACUGGUUUGAGUUUGGGACACAUAUGAAUGUGGACAUGCAUAAAUUGAAAGAAAUCAAGAGCAGCCCAGAUAUUAUGACAGACAAAAUUAUUUUGCUCCUUGACCAUUUAGUGAAUCAAGGAGUUACUUAUUUGGAAUUCAUUUACGGUCUUUAUCAAUCAAAGGCUGGUGUUUUAGUUGUGCGUAAGGUACUUGACAUAGUGCAGAAAAGGAAUAGAAAAGGUCAUGAGAAGAAUGAUCACGACAAAAAUGAUGAUCUGAUUCAUCAAACUGGGCAUAAAGUUACAUUUGCAGAUGAUGAUGAUCAAAGUGAUGUUCGAUCACAAACAACUGAAACCAGUGGCACUGCCAGCGUUGAAACAAUUACCUUUAUUUGUGGUUGUGGGGAAUGCACAAUUGAUCAAUUCCUUACAGGCACAAUAGGCUGUAAAAGUCCUGGAAAAAGCAAUAGAUUUCCUCUGCUUGAUACCUCAAAGCUUGAACGAUAUGCACAGAUGGAAUUGAUUGACCAGCUUAAUACUGAAGCUGAUAACAUAGACCUGGAAUUUAGUUCUUUAGUUACAGAUAUCUCGGAUUCUUUCUUAACAAGAAAUGUUAGCCUUGAAAGCAUAAAAGUGUUUCUUUGUUCUUUGGAAAGUGUCAAAGCUCGUUCAACAAUUGAUGCUAAGUCAACAAGUUCAAUUCCAUUUGCUGAAAAAAUAAAAGAUGCUGAAUCUAUUUCUGACCUGUUUAUCACCAUGACCUCCGCUUGGUCAUGGUUCAAUAUUCAGCUGUUUGAUAUUUUAAUGAAAAAAUUUGGAAAUGCAGACGAAAAGUUGAUGAUCAAAGAAUAUGAGCUAAAAUUAGCAAAGUUUUUAACCAGGCACACCUACGAAAUGCCUUCUUCAAUUCAUAAUCCUGACAAAAUAAAAGGUUUUGCACAAUUUUCCAUUAAGCUAUCUGAUAAAAUGAGAAAAGAAAAAGCUACUGAGAUUCCAAAAAUCCAAAGCAGAUUUGCACGGCUUCUUGAAGUUAAAUCUUAUGCUGUGAUUUUAACAACUAUCAAGGAAGGAUGUGUCGAGCUUUGUUUUCUAGUUCCAGAAGAAGUAUCACAACUUUUUCCUCUCCCAUUUGAAGCUAUUAGUGAAAUACGCAAUAUGGAAUGGAUGAUCCUUAGUGUGAAAUGUGGCAAUCAUGAAGAAUUUAUCAGAGAGGAGGAGGAGGAGGUGGUUACCUCGAAUAUUGCUGAAGCACCAACAAAUGAAACUGAUGACAAACAGUCUGUGCUGAGUGGCUCAUCAGGUGUCACUGGCUCAGUAUCAACUGGAAUAACUUCAAAAACUAGAUCUACUGACUUGGGUUCCAUUCCUUGUUCUGAUCCUGGAUAUUGUAGUUCUGUUGAUCCUAAAUCUACUACUACAAAUGAGAGACGUAAGUAUUAUGUUUUGAGUUGUUAA